AUGACAUCGCCAGAUUUGCUUCCGCUUGACCAGAUAGAUCUGCGGUUGGGAGAGUUCCAUCUGAGGUUCAAAACCACCAUGCAACAAUAUAAGACCCUGCUAUCGGAUUCCAAGACUGAAUAUAUCUCUCAAUAUGAGGUAUUGGUAGCCAAGCAGAAAGAGAUUCACCAGAAACUAAAAAAACUUGCCGAUGAAGAUGUACGAGUUAGAGAGUUAUUGAAUAAUGAACUCAACACAUUGAGCGACGCCAAGCUGAAGAUUGAAGAGUUGAAAAAGAAUGAGACGGUCCUCAUCGAAAAUAAAAACUCGAUAAAUGAGAAAAUAGAAAUCUUGGAUAGCCAAAUAGAUAUUAAGAAUUCAGAUCUCAACAGCUCAAAAAGAAACUUGAAUAGAAACUUGCAAAAGGAUUUGAGUGUUGUCAAACUUUACGAGUCCUUUCUUGGUUUAAAAAUUGACAGUAUUGACAAUGACUUAAUCAAGUUCCAAUUUUUCAAUUUAUUGCAAAACGAUUUAGAUCUAGAGUUUGAGGUGGUUUUGGAUUUGUCAGAUCCUCAUGGGAACUACAAAAUCAAUUCUAUGAGCUAUCAACUUCCUGAAUCAGAGCUUGCGGAAGUAUUGAAUAGUUUGAACAAAAAUAGGAAUCUUGUUUUAUUUUUGAAAAGCAUACGAUCAUGUUUUGUUAAGAAUUACAGUCGAUAG